AUGCACCUUCAAGUUUAUCUCGUGGACGGCAAACGGCAGUACACUUUAAAGAAGAUGGACCCGGAUGGGAAACCAACACUCAGCGCGCAUCCCGCACGUUUCAGCCCCGAUGACAAAUACAGCCGUCACCGUGUAACCAUUAAGAGACGCUUCAAGGCACUAGCAUCGGAAAAACGCCCAAAGCCACUUUAA